CCUGUCAGUGUCAUUAAUUUUGAGGUUAGGUUAGUUUCGAAAUCGUUUUACGUUCUGCCUUUUUCCAGAGCGUUUUAUCAAAUAUAUUCGCAUACUACACUGAUGCCGUAAUGGACGUGACACAAGCUUGUGGCUGCUGCCUGCUGCGUCCUCCGGAAAAGGACCUGACGACGCCGUACACACAUCUUGGUGAAACGGAGAUCUAUGCCGACAUGCUCAACCAUUGCUUCAAUAUACGACUGGCACUGGAUGCCCCUGGCUCGUGCGGCAUCUGCUCUGCGUGCGUGGGCCGCCUGCGAGACGCGAGCGACUUCAAGCUGCAAGUGCAGCGCAGCCAGGCGGAGCUGAGAGCACGGCUGCCAGGGCCAAGCCGAGUCAAAGAAGAACCCGAGGUCAAGUUAGAAAUACUGCAUGGAGACAGGACUAGUGAGGACCCUUUGUUACAAGAAGAAGUCCUUAUAAAGCUAGAAAAGGAAGACGAAGAUCAGACACAUGACGAGAAUUUGCUGGAGGAGCGUGCAGUCUCGGAGGCGUCGGACGCGACGAGCGCCGAGGACCGCCAGUCGGUCCGCUCGGACAUAACGCCUGCGGCUCGUUCCGUGGGACCAGACCGCCUCGCCGGUGUCGCGACUAUUCACACUGUAGACAAACCAUAUGGCUGCGAUCACUGUGGCAAACAUUUUAGAAACAAGUCAGUUAUAAGGAAACACAUACAACGCACUCAUUUAUGGAGUGCUGCAUCCAAUCUCCGAUGUCGCCAGAGAAUAAAAAACAAAGAAAAGUCAUUUCAUCUAUGUACCUACUGUGACUAUAAAACCCUUAAAAAAGAUCACUUAAAACGUCACAUCAGAACACACACAGGAGAAAAACCAUUCAAGUGCAGCAACUGUGGCUUCACAGCCGGUCAGAAAGAAGACCUACGAAGACACCAAAAGAUUCACUACGCAGACAAACCAUACACCUGUAAUCAAUGCGGAUUUAAGAGCUGGUUGAAAUCUGACUUACAAAAACAUGAGUUGACACAUGGAGAGAAGCCCAUUCAUAAAUGUACUUACUGUAACUACACAUUCCGUAGAAAAGAUCACUUACAACGUCACAUUAGAAUACACACAGGAGAGAAGCCAUACAAAUGCAAUCAUUGCGACUACAAGUGCACCCAGCAGAGUUCUUUACAAACACACCAAAUUAUACACUCCAAAGAGAAUACAUUUCAUUGUAGAAUUUGCUACUUCAAGAGUCCCAAAAAAUCAGAUUUACAGAAACACCAAUUGACACAUGCUGACGAGAAGCGUUUUCAAUGCAGCUACUGUGAUUUCAAAAGCAAGUAUAAUUCUAACCUACAAGUUCAUCUCAGAGUACACACAGGUGAAAAACCAUACUCCUGUAGUUAUUGUAAUAAAAAAUUCGCUCUAAAACAUACCUUAUUUGCACAUGAACAAAUACACACUGAUGCUGAAAAACUUUUUGCAUGCAACGAAUGCGAUUACAAAUGCCGUGCUAAAUCCACACUACGUCGUCACCAGAAGAUCCAUCGGACGAAACCUUAAAAUGUAUCAAGUGCUACAAGUGGUGGAAAUCUGUAUUGUACAAGGCCGGUCAGAAAGAAGACUUACGACGACACCAAAUGAUUCACAACGCAGAUAAACCAUACACGUGUAAUCAAUGUGGAUUCAAGUGCUGGUUGAAAUGUGACUUACAAAAACAAAAGUUCACAAAUGGUGAGGAGCCCGUUCUUAACUGUACUCACUGUCAGCUCACGUUCCGCAGAAAAGAUUACUUCGAACGUCACAUAACAAUACACACAGGAGAGAAGCCAUACAAAUGUAGUCAUUGCGACUACAAGUGCUCCCAGCAAAGUUCUUUACUGAAACACCAAAUUAUACACUCUUAAGAGAAAACUUUUCAAUGUAGAAUUUGCUACUUCAAGAGUCCGAAAAAGUCAGAUUUACAGAAACACCAAUUGACACAUUCUGAGAAGCGUUUUGAAUGCAGCUAUUGUGAUUUCAACAGCAAGUAUAAUGCUAACUUACAAAGUCACCUCACAUUACACACAGGUGAAAAGCAUUAUUCCUGUAGUUAUUGUGAUAAAAAAUCGCUCAAAAAUAUAACUUAAUUGCACAUGAACAAAAAAACACUGAUGCUGAAAAACCUUAUGCAUGCAAAGAAUGUUACAAAUGCCGUGAUAAUUCCAACCUACGUCGUCACCAGAAGAAACAUGGGACAAAGCCUAAAAAGUAGCGAUUGCUUUUACAAAGCCUACAAAAUGUCAACCCUCCGUUACAAUGAAAUGUUACAUAUUUAUAGCUCUUCCGAUUUUAUGUAAUGUUUUGGUCAAUAUCUGUGAUUUCCGCUAUAGUACGGUACGAGGCUGUAGCGUAUU